AUGGGUCGCGUCGUGCGCGCGCAGCAGACGUACAAGGCGGCGACGGGAGCCACAGUGGCGGAUCUUCCCCAGAUUCUCACCGCGCUCCUGGCGGCGGACAACGACGUGCGAGGCAGCGCCGAGGCGACGUUGCGCAACGUCGCGCGCGACGCGAACGUCGUCCCCGCGCUCCUCACGCACGCGCGCGGGGACCCCGAUCCCCAGGUCCGCCAGCUCGCGGCGGUCGUCCUGAAGCGCAGGGUCCUCGGCCACUGGCCUCGGCUGCCCCGAGACGCGCAGGAGCAGGUCAAGCACAUCUUACUGGACGGGGUGGUCAAGGAGCCGGUGGGUCUGGUGCGCCGGUCCAUCGCGGACGUGGUGUCCAAGGUGGCCAAGGCGACCGUGCCCAUGGGCCAGUGGAACGCCCUCCCGGAGUUCCUCGCGCAGUGCACGCAGUCGCCGGAAGAGGCGCACAGGGACGUGGCCUUUGUCAUCUUCGCGUCGCUCACCGAGACGAUCGUCUCCGUCAUGACGCAGCACUUCGCCACCCUCGGCGGGCUGUUCCAGAACGGCCUAAACGACGCAUCGCUCAAGGUCAGAGUCGCCGCGCUCAGGGCGGUGCUCUCCCUGGUGACCAACACGACGGGUGAACCCAACGAGGUGAAGAUCAUCCAAGGUUUGGUGCCGCAGAUUAUCGCGACGGCGCGAAAUGCAAUCGCCGCGGGGGAAGAAGAGAACGCGGGACUGGCGUUCGAGGUGUUGGACGAGCUCAUCGAGUCGCAGCCCAAAGCGUUGAGCGGGCACGUCCCGGACGUGGUGGCGUUCUGCGUCGAGUGCGCGAACGCGACACAGCUGGAGACGGUGACGCGGCGCAGGGCGCUGGACGUGGUGUCGUUUCUGGCGAGGCACAAGCCGAAGGCGCUGCUCCGCGCCAAGCUCGUGCAGCCGCUGCUCAGGUCGCUGUGCCCGCUCGUGGGGGAACCCAAGGAGGAGGACCUCGCGGGCGAGGACGACAUCGACGAGGCGAGGGAGGAGGAGCUCCAGGUGCAGACGGUUGCGGCCAGGUUGGUGGACCUUCUGGCGUUGAAGGUUCCCGCGCGGCACGUCCUCCCCGAGGUGUUGCAGUUUGCCUCGCAGGCUCUCGCCGAGGGCGCCGCGAACGGCGACGCCAAGCGGCGGCACGCGGCCGUCGCCGUGUUGGGAAUCGUGUGCGAGGGGUGCGCCGAGGGUUUACAGCGCCGAGCGCCCGAGAUUCUCCCGAAGGUUGUCGAGUCGUUGAGGGAUUCGAGUCCGGACGUUCGCGGCGGAGCGGCGUUUACGCUGGGACAGAUGGCGGAGUACCUGCAGCUCGGGUACGAUUUCCCGCACAUGCACCGGGACGUGCUCCCCGCGCUCUUCGCGGUGCUCCCGACGGAGCCCGAUAAGAGGGUCCAGGAGCGGAUGAUGUACGCGAUGGACUCGUGGCUCGAGCAACUGGACGAUGAGGUGGCUCCGUACGUCGAACCCCUGCUGCAGAUAUCCUACAUCGCGCUCGACUCACCCGACGCCAGGCCGCAGGUGAAGGAGAUGCUCCUGUCCGCGUGCGCGUCGGCGGCGGCGGCGGCGGGCGGCGCCAUGCACCCGCACCUGCCCGCGCUGCUGCCGCGGUUGGAGCGGUGCCUGACGGCUACGGAGGACAAGGACCUGAAACCCCGAGCUCGGGCGCUGGAGGUGCUCGGCAUGCUGGUGAGCGCGCGCGGGGGACGGGCGGCGAUGGAGGCGCACGUUCCCGCCAUCAUGGCCGCCGCCGACUCGGGGUUCGACCUGGACUACAGCGAUCUGAGGGAGUACGGGCACGGCAUGUACGCAGAGGUGGCGGAAGCGCUCGGAGAGGGGUUCGCUCCGUACCUGCCGGGCUGCGUGGAAAAAGCCGCGGCUUCGCUGCGACUGGACGACGGCGUGGUGUACGACUCCGACGAGGAGGAGCACGACCGCGCGCGCCAGGGCAUGGUACCCGGGGGGGAUUCCGACGACGACGGCGAGGAUUUCAGCGAUUCGGACUCGGAUGGCGGCGGCGGCGGGAACUACUCCAUCUUCAGCGGCGUCGUCGAGGAGAAAGCCGCGGCGUGCAAAGCCGUGGCGUCCUACGCGCACCACUGCCCGAACGCGUUCAAAACCCACAUCGGGGCGUUCCUGAACCCGAUGGGUGACAUGGCGGACUACAUGCACGAGAUGGUCCGAUCGCAGGCGCACCACGCGUUGGCGAGAAUGGCGCAGUGCGCUUUGAAAGCUGCGCCGCCGCCGAGCGUCGAGGCUUUCCCAAUCGUCGACGCCUCGCUCAACGCGACGCAACGCGCGGCGCUCGAGGACGACGACAGGGACGCCGUGGCCGCCGCGAUGGAGAGCGCGGCGGAGGUGAUCAAGUCCGUCGCCGCCUUGGGUGGGGGCGGGAUUCGGCACCUCGCCGACGCCGGACACCUCAAGGGCCUCAGCGACCACUGCCUCGCCGUGCUGGAGGGCCGAGCUCCGUGCCAGGAGGGCGACGACGAGGAGCACUGGGCGGAGGAGGGCGCCGGUGACGCCGACGACGGGGACGACCCGGAGGAGGAAGACGAGGAGGCUGAGCUCGGGCAGAUCGUCCUGGAGGGCGUCGCGGAGCUUCUCCCGGCGCUCGCCGCGGUGGGUGGAGCGGAGUUUGCGCCGCACUUUCAGCCGCAUUUCGCCGCGCUGAUGCGACGAACGUCGGGGACGAGACCGGAGGGACAGCGGUCGGUGUCGUACGCCACGAUCGUGGAGGUUGUGCGCGCCAUCGGCCCGGCGGCUGCCCCCGUGGUCCCGCUCGCCCUUCCCGGGUGCUGCCGCGAGUUUGGAGCCGAGACGGCGGGACUGCGACGCAACACCGCGUAUUGCGCGGGGGUCAUGGUGGAGGUGGGCGGCGCCGCCGCCGCGCCCCACAGACUCGACGUCGCCAGGGCGCUCCUCCCGCUGCUCUCCGCGGAGGAGACGGACCGGGGCGUGCGGGACAACGCCGCGGGCGCGGCGGUCAGGGUGCUCGCCGCCGACGGGUUCGCGGUGGCCAGAAACCCCGAGACCGGCCCCGCGCUCCUCGCCGCGACGCUCGCCGCGUUACCCAUCGUGGAGGACUUUGAGGAGGCCGCGGCGACGUACGGGGGCCUCGUGUCGGUGUUUGCGGACGCAGGUGCUGCGCAGGUUCUCGCGCGGUGGGCUCCCGCGACGGUCGCGCUCUUCGCGCGCGUCGUCGGCGAUGAGUACGCCAAGGCACGCAAGGGAUGGCCCGGGAAGGACGGGGCGUCGAAGGUUGUGGACGCCGGGACAAUCGCGCGGAUGGCGGCGGCGAUCGACGCGAUGCGCGCGGCGGACGCGAACGCGGCGGAGGCGGCGGCGGGGAUGACAGGGGAGCAGGCGGUCGCGGUCGCGGAGGCGAGGGCGGGGAACAUCCCGCAGCCGUGA